GCUGCUGCGCUCCCGGCCGGCGGCGGUGGCAGCGGCGGUGGCGGCGGCGGCGGAGGCGGAGGAAGUUCUCGCUUUGCACUCCACCCCGGUAGCAGCUUUGGGGCCGAGGACAGCUUCCUCUGGACGCUCGGUGGGCUUAGCUGCAGCCUCACGGCGGUCCGACGGGAUCAUGGGGUUGCCCAAGGGGCCGGAGGGCCAGGAUCUUCCGGAGGUAGAAACAAGAGAAGACGAAGAACAAAACGUCAAACUGACUGAAAUUUUGGAGCUCUUGGUUGCAGCUGGGUAUUUUAGAGCAAGAAUUAAAGGCUUGUCACCUUUUGAUAAGGUGGUUGGAGGAAUGACGUGGUGUAUCACCACUUGCAACUUUGACGUGGACGUUGAUUUGCUCUUUCAGGAAAACUCUACGAUAGGUCAGAAAAUAGCUCUGUCAGAAAAAAUUGUCUCUGUCCUGCCAAGAAUGAAAUGUCCACACCAGCUAGAGCCCCACCAGAUCCAGGGGAUGGAUUUCAUUCACAUCUUUCCUGUUGUCCAGUGGCUGGUGAAGCGAGCCAUAGAAACUAAAGAAGAGAUGGGCGACUACAUCCGCGCCUAUUCUGUGUCCCAGUUCCAGAAGACGUACAGCCUCCCCGAGGAUGAUGACUUCAGCAAAAGAAAAGAAAAGGCCAUCAAGACAGUCAUUGACCUCUCAGAUGCUUACAAGCCACGUCGGAAAUAUAAACGCCAGCAGGGAGCAGAGGAGCUUCUGGAUGAAGAAUCGCGGGUCCACGCCACGCUUUUGGAAUAUGGCAGGGUCGCUGAUUCUUUGAUGAGAUAUGGAUUUAGCCGCCAGAACAAAACAGAGACGGCUGAGGACAAGAAAGCGGCACUUCCCAUGGGGCUCUCGGCUGCAGAAAAAGCUGAUGCCCAUGAGGAAGAGGAGCUUCAGGCUGCUGAAGAGCGGCGUAUUCAGUCACUGAUGACCAAGAUGAUGGCCAUGGCAAAUGAGGAGAGUCGUCUGACCGCGAGCUCCGUGGGCCAGAUCGUGGGCCUCUGCUCAGCUGAAAUCAAGCAGAUUGUGUCUGAGUAUGCAGAGAAGCAGUCUGAGCUCUCAGCUGAAGAAAGUCCAGAAAAAUUAGGAACCUCCCAACUGCAUCGUCGAAAAGUCAUUUCUUUGAACAAGCAGAUUCUGCAGAAGACCAAACAACUGGAAGAGCUACAGGCAAGUCGUACCAACCUGCAAGCCAAAUAUGAGGAAAAAAAGAAAACGCUGACAGAGCUGAAGAGCUACAGUGAGAAACUGGACCAAGAGCAGGCAGCCCUCGAGAAGAUAGAAGCCAAGGCCGAUCCAAGCAUCCUGGAGAACUUGAGAGCCCUUGUAGCCAUGAAUGAAAAUCUGAAAAGUCAGGAACAGGAGUUUAAAGCACAUUGUCGAGAGGAGAUGGCACGGCUGCAGCAGGAAAUUGAAAGCCUGAAGGCCAAGAGGGCACCAGAUGGAGGUGAAAAGGCCCUCUCUGGGGGAGAGCCGCAAGGUGCCCCGACCCCUGUGAUGACUCACCACGAAGACCUAGACAGGAGGUAUAACAUGGAAAAAGAGAAACUUUAUAAGAUUCGCUUACUGCAGGCUCGAAGAAAUCGAGAAAUAGCAAUUUUGCACCGCAAGAUUGAUGAAGUACCCAGCCGAGCCGAACUAAUACAAUAUCAGAAGAGAUUUAUUGAGCUCUACCGCCAGAUUUCAGCAGUGCACAAAGAAACCAAGCAGUUCUUCACUUUAUAUAACACCCUGGAUGACAAAAAAGUUUAUCUGGAAAAAGAGAUUAGCCUGCUGAACUCAAUUCAUGAGAACUUCUCACAAGCCAUGGCCUCCCCUGCUGCCCGGGACCAGUUUUUACGCCAGAUGGAACAGAUCGUAGAAGGAAUUAAGCAAAGUCGAAUGAAGAUGGAAAAGAAGAAGCAAGAGAACAAAAUGAGAAGAGACCAGUUGAACGACCAGUACUUGGAACUAUUAGAAAAGCAGAGGCUGUACUUUAAGACUGUGAAAGAGUUCAAGGAGGAGGGCCGCAAGAAUGAGGUGCUGCUGUCCAAGAUGAAAGCCAAGGCCUCCUGAACAUUCCCAGGCAGCAUCAGACAUCAAUGAUGUUUUUUUCUAAAUGCCAUGUAUCCACUACAAGACCGUGAAAUGGUUCUCAACGCUGCAAUAGAGAGAGGCAGAUGUGAUGACCUCAACAGCCUGGAUAUUUUCCUUCCCCUGUUGGCCUCCAUCUCAUCUUUCCAUUGGUUGUCAUCAGUGGCACCAGACGGGCCAACAUUGUGGCUUGGGUGACACCCACGAUCAGUGAAGAGACGUGGGCAAUAUUUGUUCUCUGUGUCGAUUCAGCUUUUAUUUCUCCAAUAACAUUGCACAUAUGAAGGUACCUAUAUUUGUAUGGACUCUGAAUAAAGAGGAAUUCAUUUGUUCAGUAAGUGUUAAUUGAGCAACAGCUGAGAGUGAGCACUGCGGGAGACAGAAGGGUGAGUGACACAGACCCUGCACCUCAGGCUCCCAGCAUGUGACUCCAGAGCUGGACCAUGGGGAUUUUUUUUUUUUUCUUAGUAAACAAAUCUUUUAGCUGAAUGGUCAGCCCAUGUGGGUACUGGUCACUUGGUCCUCUCACUGGCCCAUGGUGCCUUUUGUUCCUGCUCCUCGGCUCCAGCCAGCAGGCCUAAGGGUGUGGGAGCCAGAACAUCUGCCCUCGGCUUCUCCCCCACAGUCCCUUCAAGUCAUCUCUCCAAAACUUGGAGACAGGGACCUCAGCUUGAGGACAGUAGGUAAGACCUUAGCACACCCUAUUCUCGUGUGAGUCUGAGCCCACCUGCCCUGUGCGUGCCCCUCACUAAGAACACAUCACGCGCCUCCUGCUGCUCCACAGAGCCCAGGGCUGGGCCCAGAGGUGGGCAUGCCCACCUGUCACUGCCGUCCAGGCUCCUAUAUAAAUCCCAGAGGGACUGGCCCAUGAGCAGGUGCCAGAGGGUAUCCCAGCAGGAAGAGCAGCAAGGUGGGCAAAGAUCCCAGAACCUCAAGCAGGCAGGGUCUGGGCUAGAUCUGAAGGGGGAAUCAUAGUUUAGUAGCAGAGAUUGGUGGGAAGGCCAUUUUAGAUAAAGUAUGACCGCAGUUAAAACUCAGGAGGGGGCGGGAAGGGGACAGUCAUGCUUGUUGGGGGAAGACUGGGCGACGGGUCUCUGCAGGAGGCUUUAGGGAUCAGUCUGGGAAAAUGAGCCCGGAGCCACCUUUGCAGGGCCCUGAAGCAGAGGAGAGGGCUUGACUUUCUCUUCUGAAAUGAGCAGUCCAUUUAGACGGAGCUCCUCCUGUCUGGACCCUCAAGCAUUGGCCAGUGCAAGUCAGUGAGCCCAGCACCAGGCUUGCACACAUCGGCCAAUUUGGACCAUAAAACCUAAAUGCUUAAACAUGUAAAUAGGGCAUUCAGUGCAGUCACAGGGGCAUCAUGUUCAUUUUAAUUCUCUCUUGUGUGUAUUAAGCAGGGCCAGUGUGUAGUUUAGAGAAUCUCUGCCUGGAUUAAUAACAGCCCUCGGCUUCUGUGCCCACCUGGCGAGGCCCUUCUAGUGAGGGGGUGGCUGUGGGCACUGGUGCUGGGCCUUGCACACCUGCACUUGUGUGGGGCCCUGGGCCAUGGGUGUUUAUGGAUUUGGACAGGGCACAGUGAGGUUAAGCAAGCCAUUGCCAAAGAGCAGAUGUUGCUCUGCGAGUCAGAGGAAGGAGAUGAUGUUUGACCUUGAAGUGUUUUAGGUUCAGGGAAACAUCUAGGUUUUCUUGUCAACAAGUUCAUAGACCCACUCCCAAACUACCAACUUGAGCAGUUAGAUUAUCCAUGUGUUGUUCCCAGGUGGUGGGGAGGAGGAAAGGGUGACAUCAGGGUUAGAGUGGGGGCAUUUACUUUGGGCUGUUUCUAAGGAGUUUUAUUUGGUUUGGUUUUGGUAGAGGGAGGUAUCAGUAGAUACCUUUUCCCUUUCUUGAAUCCACAAGGCCUAAGCUAAUAUAUUAGUUUCCAUUCUUUGAACACAUUUUGAAUUAAACCGCGGAUGCCAGUCUUGAGUUCCGUUUGCCACAGAUAAACCUACAGGGUAGAUGGUGCCUUUGUGAAUGAUGAGGACAUGAAAUGAGGAGAUGCCCCAAAGGCCCCGGUCAUUUCAGGGCUGCAUCCUGUGUACCCACAUUGUGUGGCUGGGGUGUUUUUCUGCUAAUUCCACAAGCUCCUCUGGGGCGGAACAUGCAGUCUAAACGACCAUGAGCUGUCGGGGCAGACACUUGGUACAUAUUUCUUGCUUUCCUGGGCCUGAGUCAGGCUCAUGGGUCGCUGGGCUCAGCUGGUCACCCUCAGGUGAGGUGCAGAAAACAACUGCGAGGCUACGUGGGGGGCUGUCUCCCUUUUUAACACAGAGGGCACCGCCCUCUAAGCUCUCAUUAGCAUCUGCAGUGGGUGGUUUUAACUGGGUGCUGGCUCGCUGCCCACGUUCUGUGGAGAGUGGGUCCUGCCAGUGUCCACUGGACCUGCAGUGGAACCAGAAGGCAGAAGGCCUGGUGGACAGGAGGCCUUUCCCAGGCUAAGGAGCUGCUCCCUCAUAAAUACACAGCUCCCAGACCUCCUGAGACCAGGAAUUGGCAGCAUGGGUGCUCAGGCAAGCCUCUUUCCACCUCAUGAGGUGCCCUCCUGAGAGCUUGGGCUUUCACGUUAGUGGCCCUGAUCACCUCUGUAAGGACUAAAGCAGCCCUGCCUGAGAGGGCACUCGGCCGUCAGCCAUGGCCCGCAGGCCUGUGCCAGCCCAAUCUCAGUCACCUUGGCAUGGCUGGCCUCAUUGUGCCCUCUCUGAAGGUGACUGAUGGCAGUAUGAACAAGUGUUAGCAGUUACUUUGAGCCUGGGAUGCAGUUAGUUGGCCUAGAACCCACUCUGAGGAAGGACAGAGCAGGUCCUAGGAAGUGCUUCAUGACUCACUCGUGGCCAGUGUUGGGGCUACUCAAGGGAAAAGCAUGAUUCACUUAGAGCCGGACAGUAACAAGCCCUGUGAGGUGAGGGCCCACUGUCUGUCCAAGUAGCCAGGUGGUGGCCCAGAGAUCCCCAGGUUCCCAGCCCAGGCCAUUCCGUCUUACAGCACACAGUGAGAGGCUGAAAAUCCUGUUAUCAUGAUCUCUCUUCUCACAGUAAAUGUGUAAAAACAUGAGAGAGUAUUGAAUAGCUGGUCUGUGGCCUAUUUGAUGACAUGGGGACUUCAGUUCCUCAGAAGUGUUGAGUUCACACCUGUCCUUGUCUCUGCCUGAGCUGCUCUCCCUCCAAGAUCCUGGCAAGGGCUUUGCCAGACCCUCUGAUCCUCAUACAGACCCAUCAGUGUCAUCUUGUAACGCUGACUACAGGCUGCCCUUCCCCGCCCCACCCCCCCAGCUCUGUCAAUGGCACGCGUUUGAUUCUCUUAGUCCUUUGCAGCAUCUGUUGCCUGCCCUCCACUCCAGGGCAUAAGGGCAGCAAAAGUAGGGACCUUGCCUGAAUUGCUCACCACAGUCUCCUCAGCAUCUGGCUAGGAUGGAUCAUGAGGGCGUCCUGGCUGGAUAAAAUAGCUCCUCCAGAUUGUAACUGUGCCUCCCAAAUUAGCAAAGUGUAGAUGGAACAUUUCAUCUAAUAUAUUCUCAGCUUGAGAACAGGAGGCAGUUUUAUUCAGCAGCUUUUGAGGAUGUCUCUUAGAGUGCUGGCCACACUCACAGCCUUGAUGGUUGGGAUGAGAAAGGUGUCAGAGGUUUCAAACCUUUCAAAGGAAUUACAUUUUAUAGAUGUUUUUCCUCCCCAUGUAGGAGGGAGUUGGGGGAGAGAGGGAGCACAUGAAUGUCAGAGAGUUGCUCAUGACUAUGUUGUGGCUUAAAGUAAGCCAUGCACAAAGGUAACCAUGGCUGGUGGAAAUGACUGAGCCACAUGGAACCAAGAAGUGGGAAGCAGCCCCUGGAUACAGUGUUGGCAGAAGUAUGAACUGUACAGCUCCAUGGGACCCGGGGCGGGGUGGGGUGGGGGAGUUGCAGUCAGACAAUAUGAGAUUAUCUAUCAAAAGUGCCAAUGCACAAAACUUUCAUACCAGCAAUGCUGCUUCUAAGAAUGUUUCCUACAGACAAGGACUUUCAUUGCAGCAUUAUUUGUAAUAGCAAAAGUUUGGAAACUAUCACCAACAUAGGGCAAUAAAUGGUUAAAUUAUGGUGAAUCCGUACAAGGGAAGAGUAAGCCACACUGUAUGUUCUGUUGUGGAAUGAUCCCUUAAGAUGCAUGGUUAAGUAGAGAAAAAGAGGCUCUUGACUUUACUAGUGUUUGUUUCUAAAAAAGGAAGGGGAUGGGAGAAAAUGUCUCUGGUUCUAUGUAUACACAUGUGUGCGUACAGAUGGAGGACCUCCAGGAGGACCCCCUCAUAGGAACCUGAAAGCCUUGGUUGCCUCUGGAAAGAGGGGUGGGGAUUACCUUUCACUGUAUACCUUUUGUACCUUUUGAAUUUUGUACCAUGUACAUGUAUUACCCAUUCAAAAAAUAAAGUUUUUAAUUUUUAA